AGGCCGAAGUGAUGCCGCGGAGGACCAUCAAUCUAGCGAAUCAAACCCCACACCAUAACUGUACACAGUUUAGGUCGCCUUCACUGACACCCGCAAAAGGGUUCGUUGGAGGCCCCACGGACGGCUCUACUACAACUUGGCGCGUCGGUGUGGUUCUUCCACCACCAGAGACCUCUGUUAAGGUUGCCAAGCCGCCGGUUUCCGGCCUCUGUGGCUUCGAUACGGCAGCCUUCACAACCUCAUACCGCAGAUUUAGUGGGGAAUCACGAAAUAAUGAGAAACAAAUAUUAAGCUGCCGUUUCGCAAAAAAGAAAAUGGAUUCGCACCCCAGCGAUCAAUCCAUCGUUCAAUCCAUUCCUUCUCAAUCCCUCUGAGAAGUGCUCGCACCACGAUCCAAGCACAAUGGCUUCCCCAGUUGUCGUUGCAACAAUUCAAGCCGCCAUCUUGAGCGCGACGUCCAAUGUCUUGGCUCAGGCCAUAACGUCCUACAGAAACGACGCACCUUUUACGCUGGACGUCAAUGCCUUGCUUCCCUUCGUCAUAUUUACUAUCAUCUCUACUCCGCCGAACUUCCUCUGGCUGGGUUACCUAGAGCAGAAGCUCCCCAGCACUACACCAGCUGCCACUGAAACCGCCAAGGGCAAGGAGAAGGAGGGAAAGGAAGUGCAAUCGCGUCUCAACUUGGGAAAUGCGCUCAAGAAGCUCUUGAUUGAUCAGAUCAUUGCCGGCACAUUGAACAAUAUCGCAUUCAUAGCAUUUCUCGCAGCUGCCAAGGGAGCGACCACCCCUGAGGUGAUCGAGGCCGUUCGUCAGGGAUUCCCUCCGCUUUUCUUGGCUAGCUUGAAACUCUGGCCUAUGGUGUCCUUGAUCUCGUUUACCGUCGUGCCGGCUGAUAAGAGAGUCUUGUUCCUUAGCUCUAUCGGUCUCGGCUGGGGUGUUUUCUUAAGUAUAUAUAAUGCAUAGAUUUGCGCUUUCUGUUAGAGAUACCAUCAUCGGUUUUGAAUGAAUAGACAGGAUUUAUAGACAGGGAUCGGAUAGGGAAGCGUUCCGUACGUGUGGGAGCGUUCACGGAUUUGGGGCUCCACCCGAGCUAAAACAUAGAACCCACCAUAGAAUACGAUAGAUUCAACCAAUCGAAACACGACGAUUGAUUAAGUUGGUACCAACAAUGUGGAC